AUGGGAGGUCUGAAAAAUGAUGAAUGCAGAAGCAAAUUCCGCCAAUGUGUGUCUAUUCAUGUUGGAGUAUGGACCAGGAAGAAGCUUAGCGAUGCGGAUUCCUUCACAAAGUGCAUCCAAGACGCUGCAAGGGAAACGCUCCCGGUUCUAUUGCCGCUGAAGAAGUUUGCCUUUGCAUCUGCGGAAACAAAAUCCACAUACAAUUCUGUAUGUGUCGUGCGCAGCGCUGGUGACUUCAACCAGGAAAAGCGUCUUAGAAGGAAGCUGCGCCAUCAACUGCAACAAGACCGCGAUAACGAGUGGACGUCAAGAGCGAUGGAGUUUGACAAGGUGUGGGAGGACAGGAAGAAAGCCUAUGCUCUACUAAAACAGUACAGCGGCAAAAUGAAAAGAUGUUCCCCUGUCCUCAACACUGCCAAUGGGGUAGCUGUCGGUGAAGCAACCCUUCCAAUUUGGAAGGAACACUUCAAGACAUUGCUGAACCGGCUAGCACCGUCAGCCCCUGAACUCGAACACGUUCAUAGACCGACAUACGCGGUUAACGAGGAGCCACCGACCGUGUCGGAGGUCCCGGUCUGUAUUCAAAAAAUUAAGAACGGAAAAUCUGGCGGAGACGACGGGAUUAGCGCAGAAAUGCUAAAAUAUCUUCCUCCGUCUGGGAUUCGUGGAGCGACAAAGAUCAUCCGUUCAAUAUGGAUAGACGAAAGGAUACCUGAUUCGUGGAGAUACGCUAUCAUAAUUCCCCUCCACAAGAAGUUAUCCGUCACGGACCCAAAGAAUUAUCGAGGAAUCUCUUUGCUGCGUGUUAUGUACAAGGUACUGGAGCGCAUUAUCCUGGACCGACUCAUUAAACAUCGCGAAGAAACAACGCGCGAUGAGCAAGCUGGCUUUCGUCCUGGCCGAUCUACGAUUGACCAGAUGUUCAUCGUCAGGAGAGUGAUCGAAAUCUGGCAGCGGUAUUCGAAGCCAAUGCAACUAGCGUUUCUGGACUAUGAAGCCGCGUUCGACUCUCCUCACCGAGGCCGUCUUCUCAACGCGCUGAGCGCCGAUGGAGUACCAGGAAAGUUCGUUCGCUUGCUUAAUGACAUGAAUCAAGGAACAACCGCUGCGGUUCGAACACCAGCCGGAUGUACAACACCGUUUGAAGUGGUAACUGGAGUAAGACAAGGGGCGGUGGCAGGACCCUUCCUGUUCAAUUUUGCCAUCGACGACAUUAUGCGAAGAACAGUCGACCAGUGUCCUGCCGACAUUGUCUUAGCACCAUCUGGGUGCCCCUUGACUGAACUCGAGUACGCCGACGAUGUUGUUAUACUCGCGGAAAGCAGUACGAAACUUCAGCAUGUUGUCAACCUUGUAUCGAAGCUGGCUGCAGCCUACGGACUACGCCUAUGCCCUGAUAAAUGCAAGCAGAUGUGGAUCUUUUCGAGACCACGAACGGGAAUCAGGGUGGACGGGCAACCGAUAGAACUCGUCGAUGUUACUACUACCUAG